AUGGCAAAGUUUGAAGGUUUAUUGAUGGGUAUGGGAAAUCCCCUCCUGGAUAUUUCCGCCACUGUCGGACAAGAUCUACUCGACAAGUACGAAGUCAAACUGGAUACUGCCAUUCUCGCCGAAGACAAGCACCAACCUUUGUUUAAGGAACUCAUGGAAAAGUACAGUCCCAGCUUUAUCGCUGGUGGCGCCACGCAAAAUUCCAUCCGGGUUGCCCAAUGGAUGCUCAAAGACAAGGCCGGACAAACUGCCUUUAUGGGAUGUGUUGGCAAUGACGAUUAUGGUAAAACACUCAACGAAUGUGCUUCCAAAGAUGGUGUCUUGGUACACUACAUGAAGGAUGAAAAAACUCCCACUGGAACUUGCGCUGCCCUCAUUAAGGAUGGCGAACGUGCUUUGGUGACCAACCUCGAUGCUGCCAACAAUUUCAAGCCAUCCCAUUUGGAUACCGACAAGGCCAAGGAAAUUAUCGAAUCUGCCAAAUUUUAUUACAUUGCUGGAUUCUUCUUGACUGUCAGUCCCGAGGCAUUGGCCAUUGUCGGAGAUCACUGCGUCGCCAACAACAAAGUGCUGGGAUUGAACUUGUCGGCACCCUUUAUUGUCGAAUUUUUCGGCCCCAAAGUCAAGGAUGCUCUCGAAUAUGCCGACUUUGUCUUUAGCAAUGAAUCCGAAGCGGAAGCCUACGGAAAGGUCAACAACCUCGGCAGCGACUUGAAGGAGAUUGCUCUUAAAAUCUGUGAAGGACCCAAGAAGAACAGCAAGCGAUCUCGAACUGUCAUUUUCACGCAGGGAUCCAAAUCCACCAUUGUGGCACACGACGGAAAAGUCACGGAAUAUGCCGUGGAGCCAUUGGCCAAGGACAAACUGGUGGACACCAACGGAGCGGGUGAUGCCUUUGUGGGAGGAUUCUUGUCGAAAUUGAUCCAAGACAAACCCAUGGAAGAGUGUGUCAAGGCAGGCCACUGGGCCGCCAAGUUCAUCAUUCAAACUUCGGGAACCACUUUGGCCACAAAGUGCGAUUAUGAAGGUUAA